UGCUCCUCCAUUGGUUCUUUGCUCUUCUGUUGUUAUUGUUUCAGUGCAAGAGAAAAUGACCAUUGUCAUUGAGCAACCUGACCUAUGCUCUCAAUUUGAUGGGAAAAAUGUGCAUGCUGAAGAAACCAAUGAGCUUCUGUUGGAUGGUGGAUUUCCGCUACCAAAGCAGAUGUCAGAGGACGGAUUUAAGGCCCCGGAAAUUAAUUCAUUUGGUCAAUCCUUCAGAAAUUAUGAUGCUGAAAGCGAAAGGCAAAAAGGUGUAGAGGAAACUUAUAGGCGGCAACACAUCAACCAGACAUAUGAUUUUGUUAAGAGAAUGAGGGAGGAAUACAUGAAAUUGGACAAAGCAGAAAUGGGCAUGUGGGAAUGUUGUGAGCUGCUGAAUGAAGUGGUGGAUGAAAGCGAUCCUGAUUUGGACGAACCUCAGAUUCAGCAUUUGUUGCAAUCAGCUGAGGCCAUUAGAAAAGACUAUCCUAAUGAAGAUUGGCUGCAUUUGACUGCUCUCAUCCAUGAUCUUGGAAAGAUUCUUCUCCUCCCCAGCUUUGGUGCUCUUCCUCAAUGGGCUGUUGUAGGAGAUACAUUUCCUGUAGGUUGUGCUUUUGAUGAAUCAAAUAUUCAUCAUAAGUAUUUCAAGGACAACCCAGAUUACAAAAAUCCUGCUUAUAACACUAAAAAUGGUAUCUACACUGAAGAAUGUGGACUAGACAAUGUAGUGAUGUCAUGGGGACAUGAUGAUUACAUGUGUAUGGUUGCUAAGGAAAAUGGCACCACUUUGCCAUCAGCGGGAUUAUUCAUUAUCAGAUAUCACUCUUUCUAUCCUUUACACAAGGAAGGUGCAUAUACUCACUUGAUGAAUGAAGAGGAUAUUGAGAAUUUGAAGUGGCUCAGAAUUUUUAAGUAUGCUUUUAUUUUAACUUCUGUAGAUUUUUUUUUUUAUUUGUAUACAUCUUUUAUAGAUGCUUACAUUACCUAUUAUACAAUUUGUGCAGCAAAUAUGAUCUAUACAGCAAGAGCAAAGUUCUAGUUGAUGUCGAAGAAGUUAAGCCAUACUAUCUUUCACUCAUUGAGAAGUAUUUCCCAGCAAAGCUUAGAUGGUGAAUCAUAUGAGUAAUGUAAGGGAUUGGGAUCGAGGUCAAGAGCUCGGGGAGAUUGGUUUCUAUUUAUUCAGAAUUAUUUGAAAUCAGAGCAUUUUCCUUCUUUUUUUUAUACACGAAUUCAGAUUACAAUUCAUUAUAUCAUAACGCAUUGAUGUACUCAUUUGAAUUCCACAAAUAAUUAAUUUUAUAUCCAUUAAAU